AUGGCGGAAGGAUCAGCACCUCGCAGGGGACCAUCCCGGCGAGCUCAGACAGGCGGCUACCUGCCGAUAGAGGACUACGGAAUGAUCGGCAACAUGCACACUUGUGCGCUUGUGGGCAUUGAUGGCAGCGUUGACUUCAUGUGCUGGCCCGAUUUUGACUCACCGUCCGUGUUUUGUCGACUGUUGGACAAGGACAAGGGCGGCUACUUUAGUAUUGCGCCUCCGGCAGAAUUCCAAUGUACUACCAAACAGCAAUACCUGCCUGGGUCAUGCAUUCUGCAGACCCGAUACAUUCAUGAGGACGGUGUUGUGGACCUGGUCGACUUCUUCCCUCGGCCCAAGUCCGCACUAGUCACCACCAAAGAGUACAAGCAAAGUUCCUAUCGUGAGUCGACAAGCGUGCAAGAAGAACUCAAAAAGUGGCUCGUUAGACGAGUAGAAUGUGUCAGAGGAUCUUUGACGUUUGGUGGGUUUACCAUAACCACGUUCAAGCUGAAACUCCAAGAAGCUCAUCAGUUCAUAGAUGUGGAAAUAUUUCCCGCCUUUGGAUACGGCCUUGAGCCACACAUCACCACACUAUUCCACAACACCGACUCACAGAGCAAAGUUGCCACCUUCCAUGGCAAAGAUGUGCGGCUUCAGUUGGAUGUGGUCCUUCAGCAGGGAGAUGACGGCGACGGAUGUCCCCAUAUCACGUUCAAAAGGGUAAAGAAGGAGGGAAUGGUUGGGGAAGGUAUAGUUGGCCAGGUUCAAGUACGCGAAGGCGAGGCCAUUUCCUUUGUGCUGAGAAACGACAUCCCGGAUCAUAUCACGGCGCGGAUUUCCACUUCGGUACUUGACAGUCAACAGCAUGAUACUCAGACCUUUUGGCACAAUUUCAACAGGCAGUCAAAGUACAAGGGUCGUUGGAGGGAGGUUGUGUCUCGAAGUCUCAUGAUUUUGAAAAUGCUGACCUACGAGCCCACCGGUGCCAUCGUGGCAGCACCCACCUUUUCCAUUCCCGAAGAUAUUGGCGGAGUGAGAAACUGGGACUACAGGUAUUCGUGGGUGCGCGAUUCCAGCUUUACCGUUUAUAUUCUGCUUCGACUUGGAUUCAGGGCUGAGGCAGAUGCAUACAUGGACUUUAUCAUGGAGCGUUUUGUCAAAUCUCGCGGUCCCGACGGGGGGUUGCCUAUCAUGUUUACCAUCCACGGCGAUACGGACAUCCCAGAACACACGUUAGACCAUCUUGACGGCUAUCGAGGCAGUAAGCCGGUCCGAAUUGGUAACGGUGCUGCUUUUCAUCAGCAGUUUGACAUUUACGGCGAACUCAUGGACGCUAUUUACCUGUACAAUAAGUAUGGCAAACCAGUCCCUUGGGAUGUGUGGUGUGCAGUGAGAGAAUUACUAGAUUAUGUGUUAACUAUUGUCAAUGAUCCCGACAUGUCAAUCUGGGAAGUCCGUGGUACUAAGCAGCACUUUACUUAUUCCAGAAUUAUGCUUUGGGUCACCUUUGACCGGGGCCUACGACUAGCCGAGAAGCGAUGUUUCCCGUGUCCAAACCGUGCCAAUUGGCUGGCGGCCAGGGACAAGAUUUACGAAGAAGUAAUGGAAAAGGGUUACAACACCGAGAUGAAGUCUUUUAUUCAAAGCUACGAAAAUAGGACCGUUCUAGAUUCUGCUAUCCUCAUUGCCCCCCUCGUGUUUUUCAUUUCACCUUGUGAUCCUCGAUUCGUCAAUACUCUGGACCGAAUCCUACUGCCUCCUGAUAAGGGCGGUUUAACCAGUGCUGGCUUGGUGUUUCGCUACGAUACGGAAUUGUCAGAUGACGGCGUUGGUGGGCGAGAUGGUGCCUUUAGCAUGUGCACCUUUUGGCUAGUCGAGGCCAUGACCCGUGCCGGUGUCUAUGAAAGCAAAUAUCUUGUUCGCGCAGUCAACAUGUUUGAGAAUAUGCUCUCAUUUUCCAACCAUUUAUCUAUGUUUUCAGAGGAAAUUGCUCGAAGUGGCGAGCAGUUGGGCAAUACGCCACAGGCGUUCAGUCACCUCGCGCUCAUUAGCGCUGCGUUCAACUUGGAUCGAGCAGCAGAAGGAUGGACGGGCCAACAUUGA